UUCGCGUUGGGGCCACCGCGGCAGCGCCACUCGGCCCGGCUCCCCGCCGUCGACCGCGCGGUGCGCAGCCCGCCCGCCUAUUCCCGGCGCGGGGCCGCCUGUCGCGGGUUCAGGGCGGACCAUGCGCCCGACUAGCCCGCCGCCGGCCCGCUGGCUAUGCGUGCUGGCCGGCGUCCUCGCCUGCGCUCUCGGCCCCGCAGGCACCCGGGCAACCAUCCUGCAGCAGGAGGAAUGUUACUAUCUGCAGCUGAUAGAGGUACAGCACAAGCAGUGCCUGGAGGAGGCCCAGCUGGAGAAUGACACGGCAGGCUGCAGCAAGAUGUGGGACAACCUCACCUGCUGGCCAGCCACCCCUCCGGGCCAGGUGGUCGUCUUGGACUGCCCCCUCAUUUAUAAGUUCUUCUCUCCAGUUCAAGGCCGCAACGUGAGCCGCAGCUGCACCAACGAGGGCUGGACGCACCUGGAACCUGGCCCCUACCCCAUUGCCUGUGGCUUGAAUGACAAGGCAUCAGAUUUGGAAGAGCAGCAGCAGUCAAUGUUCUACAGUUCCGUGAAGACCAUCUACACCAUCGGCCACAGCCUGUCCCUCGCUGCCCUUCUGGUCGCUACAGCCAUCUUGAGCCUGUUCAGGAAGCUCCACUGCACGCGGAACUACAUCCACAUGCACCUCUUCAUAUCGUUCAUCCUGAGGGCCACCGCUGUCUUCAUCAAAGACUUGAUCCUGUUCAACAGCGAGGACGUGGACUAUUGCACCAAGGGCUCGGUGAGCUGUAAGGCAGCCAUGGUCUUAUUCCAGUACUGUAUCAUGGCCAACUUCUUCUGGCUGCUGGUGGAGGGCCUCUACCUGCACACCCUGCUGGCUGUCUCCUUCUUCUCUGAGCGGAAGUACUUCUGGGGGUACAUACUCAUCGGCUGGGGGGUGCCCAGCAUAUUCACCAUUGUGUGGACAAUCAUCAGGCUCUAUUUUGAGGACACUGGAUGCUGGAACACCAUCAACUCCUCAUUUUGGUGGAUCAUAAAGGCCCCCAUCCUCACCUCCAUCUUGGUGAACUUUAUCCUGUUUAUUUGCAUUAUCCGGAUCCUGGUUCAGAAACUUCAGUCCCCAGAUGUUGGAAAGAGUCACAGCAGCCCAUACUCGAGGCUGGCCAAGUCCACUCUUCUGCUGAUCCCCCUGUUUGGAGUGCACUACAUUAUGUUCGCCUUCUUUCCCAGCAACUUUACAGCUGAGGUGAAAAUGGUCUUUGAGCUCGUCAUGGGGUCUUUCCAGGGGUUUGUGGUGGCCAUCCUGUACUGCUUCCUCAAUGGCGAGGUGCAGGCGGAGUUGCGGCGGAAGUGGCGGCGCUGGCACCUGCAGGGCUUCUUGGGCUCGGACGCUAAAUACCAGCACCCGUCAGGAGGCAGCAACGGGGCCACAUGCAGCACGCAGGUCUCCAUUCUGACCCGCGUCAGCCCGGGCGCGCGCCGUUCCUCCAGCUUCCAGGCCGAAGUCUCCCUGGUCUGACCGCCAGGCGCCCAGGGGCCCCCAGCGGCUCCUCCCGUCCGCACCACCCACCCCGGGAGGCACCGGGGACCGAGGCCUGCCCGGGCGAGGCCAGCCCCGGCCCUGGGCUCGGAGGCUGCCCCGGUCCCCAGGCCACUGUCCGGACGCCCCUCAAGAACUCUGCCCUUGCGCUUGUCUGAGAGUAGGGUGCACAGAUGCGGGAGCCGCUUCUCUGCAAGCAGGUGCGCCGGGGGGGGGGCUCCCACCUGAGAAGACGUGGGGUGGAGCUCGGCCAUCAGACUCCUCCCCGAAAAGUCCUCGUCCGCCAAGCAGGGGCAAGAAGUCCACAUGCUCUCUCCCCUGACUCGGCGCUGGUGGCUCUCGGGCGCCGUCCAAGGUAGGCAACUGCCCGUCCUCGGACAAUGAAUGCGGGAUCGUGGUGUGCGCCGAGGACACAAAGAUCUUGGCCCUGAAGGUCACCGGCCACCACCACCUCGACGGAGCCUGAAGUUCCACCAUUGCGUCAAGUUCCUUUGGGUUAAGCAUUACCAUUAAGGCAUCUCUUCCCAGAGGCGGUCGCCUCCCCCAGCGUCGUCCUCUGAGCUGCCAGCCCUUCCAAGUGGAGGAGUUUGCCUCAGACGGGUGUGGUUUUGAUAGGGAGUUUAGUUUGGGGCGCACAGGUAUCUCCAUAGUCCCUGCUGAAGCGCAGUGGUCCCAGGAUGGCUGGAACGAUCGAGACUGCCGCCAGCCCUACAAUCCCUACAGGCAGUGGGAGCUUCCCUUGGCCGCCCACCUAUGUGCCAACUAUCAGAACCAGGCUGAGAGAUGUGCGUUCGUGCGCCCCUUAAUCCUCCCAUCAACCCAGCAAGGUGGGAACUACUGUCCCUAUGUCACAGGUCAGGAAACCGAGUCUCACAGAGAGGUGCCUCGCCUUGUCACACAGGUAGGGUUCGGUCUCAGAUCCGUCAGAUGAGAAAAUGAAAGCACAAAUUCUUUACUGCUGCUUUUUAUAUAUUGUAACCAGCUUCAUCCUCUUAGUUAUUUGUAUCACCACUGAUAUUAUUGCUACCAUCCCUGCAAUCCCAUUCCCACCCGAGCCACACUGGAGUGUGGCUGAGAAGUCCUCUAGCCCACAUAUUGUCUGGACAGGAGCCUGGUGGUCAAUAACAUCCUGUGCCUACCCUGCACCCUGUGGCCACAUGGCUUCCUGCCCACACUCCAGCCAGAAGACAUCCUCAGGACUGCAAACAGGCUGUGCGACAAUAAACGUUGGGUUGAAUCGGCUUGGCUUCCCUGGUGGUUGAUGUUCCCACGUGACCUAAAAUGGGGACCAGCUUUCAACUUACGGCCAUUUUCCCCCUUUCAGAGGAGGGGAGGUCGAAAGCA